AUGGGGGAUUUCAAUAUCACGGACACGUAUUUGAAUUUUCUAAAAGAAGAUGCUGAAAUGACGAUGCCAAUCGCGGCGAUUGAAGCCUUGGUGACGAUGCUGAGAGUGAAGAAUCCAAAAACUUCAGCAGAGAUGAUCAAUACCAUAAAAGCUGCCGCAGAGGAAUUGACGGAGUCGAUCCCUAAUUCGAUCUCUUUAAGGGCGGGAUGCGACAUUUUCAUGCGAUUUGUAUUGAAAAAUACGCAUUUGUAUGGCGAUUGGGAAAACUGCAAGCAGCAUUUGAUAGAAAAUGGACAACUAUUUGUGUCGCGAGCUAAGAAAUCAAGGGAUAAGAUAGGUCAAAUUGGUGUGGACUUUAUCAGUGAUGACGACGUGAUCUUGGUACAUGGGUUUUCCAGGGCGGUCUAUUCGUUGUUGAGUUACGCAGCCGAGAAAUUCAUACGAUUCCGUUGCGUAGUGACGGAAUCAAGGCCAACGCAACAGGGCCAACAAUUGGCCAAACUGUUGGCAAACAAGAAGAUCCCCGUUAAGGUCAUUGUUGAUAGUGCUGUCGGAAGUAUAAUCCAUAAAGUGGACAAGGUCAUUGUCGGAGCAGAAGGUGUCGCCGAAUCGGGCGGAAUUAUCAAUUUGAUUGGUACUUACUCUAUCGGUGUCUUAGCGCAAAACAGCAAUAGACCCUUCUACGUGGUCAGUGAGUCUCACAAGUUUGUGCGGAUGUUCCCGCUGUCACCAGACGAUUUGCCGUUGCAAAGCGGACCACUGGAUUUCACACGGUCCGACGAAGCGAAGGAAGAUCUCAAUUUUGAACCUAUCAUCGAUUACACGUCUCAUGAGUACAUUACAGCAUUAAUCACAGAUCUCGGAGUGUUGACACCGAGUGCAGUUUCCGAAGAACUCAUCAAAAUGUGGUAUGAAUAA